CCGCAUCAUCAUCGGUAAGCAAUCAGUCAGCAGGUCAGUCAGCAUAAAAAUUGCUCUCACCGUUCUGCUCAAUCAGUACUCCGUGUUUGCUGUUGUUGGCAGUAGUAGCAGAACAAUAUUAUUUCACCGUAUCUAGUGAACGAAAAAUAAUAGUGUGUGAAACAGGUUCAAAGUGAUAAGCAAACGUGCGUUAAGAAGAGUGCCUGUCUAAUUACUGUAUUUAGUGGCACAGACAGUGCCUAAUGGUGAACGUCACCCUCAAGGAUAAAAUGCUUCGGUUCCAGAUACCGAACGAACUGAAGGAUGAUCUCGUCUACUGUCAGCGAUCCCUGCGUCACUUCGUAAAAGUACACCAGCUCUUGGCCGCGAAAUUGUCCAAUGGGUUGACCCAGAGUCAGGUCAGCAAACUGAAGAGCUACCUGCUCGAGCUGGAGGCGGAAAUGGUGGAAAUCGGUAACGAGCAGCGUCCACUGGUGCAGGAAUUGGACGAUCUUGUUCGCGCUUAUCUCAAACAGCUGACCAGUAAGGAGUAUGUGGACCUCGAUCGGGAGAUCGCCUACGGCUACGUGUCCCGAGCCCUGUCCACUCACUACGAGAUGUCCUUCAACACCAAGUAUACGCCACGCAACGUGACCGAGCGGCUGAAUGAGGCUCAGCUGGUGCAUAAGUAUGAGCUCGCCGCCUUCGACGAACCCCGUCCGAAAAAGGAAAAGGAAGAAUCUCGCAGCAGCAGCACCGGCUCGUCAAUCUCCCCAACCAUGGUCUACCCGGCCAAUCAGAAACAAAUCUCCCUUCUCAAACCGAAGGAAGAGCGCGUGGCUCCUAAAAGUUUCGGUUCCAAUCCACCCUUCACCAACAUAACCUUUUCUAACGCCAAAACCUUAGUCAACGAGCAGGCCCUGCGACAAAUUGCCCCCGAAUCGAUCAACGUUCCGAAGAAACUGAUCCGUGCCCUUCCCAAGCUGGAGUCCCUACCGCGACCUAUCCCCACGAAAGUUAUCCAAGAACUACCACCACUUGAGAUCAAAGAUGAAGAGGAAGAAUACGAUCCACCUGAACUGCCGGCCACCGUAGCCAUCACGAAGAGUCGACUUAACCUUCUUCAGGCAUUGAACAAAGCCAAACACCACAGCCUCUCGCAAACCAACCAAGCGGACGAAGCUCCAAAACCAGCAUCCGUUCCGGUUUUCACACGCCAAACCAAGAUCAUAAGCAAAACCAAGAGUGAUCCACUGCCGGGUACAGCAAGCAAACGUCCUUCCAGUGGCGCUUCAUCCGAUUCAUCACCGAACUCUCGCUCUUCCACACCCAUCUCCGUAAAAGCAUCCGAUGAUUCCGUUGAUCGCACCCCCUAUCCAAUCGAGGAGCACGUCGAUCCCCAACCAACGGACAUUUUCGAGUUAGAACAGCCAGUGUUUUUGAAAAUUUUCGGUCUGCUUACGCUGGAAGAAAGCAAAGCUUUAGCGACGCGUAAAACGGAACGCAAACGGCGCAGCUGUAACAGCACCGAACGGAAGGACUUCCACUACGGUAAGAUCGACUACUACGAGCAGCAGGUACACCACAUCACCAAGCGGAAGAACAAGCGUCCGAUUCUGUAUUCGCCACCGUCCACCCGUGGCGUGAAAAAGCGAAAGCAUUUCGAUCUGAUCGCUUCCAGUACCGGAGCCGGAACGACACGUUCCGGCUCGUCCGGUUCCUCGUCGUCCUCGUCAGCGGCUCGAGUUGGACCGUCCGGUACGGCUUCUGGAGAGAACUCGAAACUGAUGCUGUCGGAGCUGGAAAGCAAGACCUGUAUCGUGUGUAACAAAUCAGGAUCACCGGACAGCCUCAGCGCGUGCGUGUACUGCUGCAACAUCUAUCAUCUGCGCUGCCACAGCAAUAGCAUUUUCAACCCGCAACUUCUCCGCCAGCGGGACAACAUUUGUCCGGUGUGUCUCCAGAAGAAGCAGCAGGCAACCGUCGCUCAGCAGAGCCAACAGCGGGAUCAAGUGCUUCGCAAGCGCCUACUGCGACGAAACGCUCUGCAGAAGGCACGCCACGAGCAGCUCCAGCAGCGGAAACAAAGCGUGGAUGAAGAGUACCACUCGAUGCAAACGGUGCGGCGGCAGCUGAUGGACCAGGAACGGCAAACGCGGGACCAGAUUGCCAAGCUGCUGAACUGUAUCAGUUCGCUGCGGCAGGAGCAAUAGCAUUCGACGGCGGCGACGACGACGACGAGUACAACAAAUUGUGGCAUGCACGAACAUCAUCGAUUCCAUGCACCAUUUUUUCCCCUCUUCUACACUCUUAUUAUGUUUUGUGGAAUGUUUUUGCAUUCCGUUGCUCUCGAGUAUAAAGUAGCGCUUAUUAGUUUUAUAAUUUUUCAUCUCAUUAUUAUUUGAACGUAAUUCUCGGAAUGCACUUUUAUUUUUGGAAGGCCACCUGAUUGGAACCGUUUCGAUAAAAUUAAAGCUACAGCAAUACAACUAUUGUACUUUUCGAGAAUCUAGCAUUGUAAAAUCAUUAAACUGUUUAGAAUUGUACGUAAUUAUGACAUGAGAAUUUAAAAUAAUAAAACUAUGUUCAAUAUUAA